CGCGGGGCGCGGCCGGCUGCUCCGAGCUGGGCGGCGGGGCCCGCGGGGCUCGGGGCGACGCGCGGGGGUGCCGCGUGGCCCCCGCUGACCUUGGGGUCCUGCCGCGGCCCCCGGGCGGCGCCCCGCGGACUGGUGGGGCACGGGCAGCCGCGUCCUGUCCUUCGGGCGGAGCCGCUGCCCUUCUCGGACGGGGAGCGCGCCGCGGGCCAGCCAGGGUCGGCCCCCGGCGGAGGGCGCGGCGCGCUCAGGGAUGGAGCCCCGACCCCGGCCGGGCGCGCCCGCCCCGCGCUCGGCACCGUCUCCGCGGUUCCUGGGGUUCGCCGCCACGCACUGCCCCGAGGGCCGUGCUCCGCCGCAGGGUCCGAGCCCUGCAGUCCCGGUGCCCCGAGGGCCGUGCUCCGCCGCAGGGUCCGAGCCCUGCAGUCCCGGUGCCCGAGGGGCCGUGCUCCGCCGCAGGGUCCGAGCCCUGCAGUCCCGGUGCCCCGAGGGCCGUGCUCCGCCGCAGGGUCCGAGCCCUGCAGUCCCGGUGCCCCGAGGGCCGUGCUCCGCCGCAGGGUCCGAGCCCUGCAGUCCCGGUGCCCGAGGGGCCGUGCUCCGCCGCAGGGUCCGAGCCCUGCAGUCCCGGUGCCCCGAGGGCCGUGCUCCGCCGCAGGGUCCGAGCCCUGCAGUCCCGGUGCCCCGAGGGGCCGUGCUCCGCCGCAGGGUCCGAGCCCUGCAGUCCCGGUGCCCCGAGGGGCCGUGCUCCGCCGCAGGGUCCGAGCCCUGCAGUCCCGGUGCCCCGAGGGCCGUGCUCCGCCGCAGGGUCCGAGCCCUGCAGUCCCGGUGCCCCGAGGGCCGUGCUCCGCCGCAGGGUCCGAGCCCUGCAGUCCCGGUGCCCCGAGGGCCGUGCUCCGCCGCAGGGUCCGAGCCCUGCAGUCCCGGUGCCCGAGGGGCCGUGCUCCGCCGCAGGGUCCGAGCCCUGCAGUCCCGGUGCCCCGAGGGGCCGUGCUCCGCCGCAGGGUCCGAGCCCUGCAGUCCCGGUGCCCCGAGGGCCGUGCUCCGCCGCAGGGUCCGAGCCCUGCAGUCCCGGUGCCCCGAGGGCCGUGCUCCGCCGCAGGGUCCGAGCCCUGCAGUCCCGGUGCCCCGAGGGCGCCGUGUUCCGCCGCAGGGUCCGAGCCCUGCAGUCCCGGUGCCCCGAGGGCCGUGCUCCGCCGCAGGGUCCGAGCCCUGCAGUCCCGGUGCCCCGAGGGCCGUGCUCCGCCGCAGGGUCCGAGCCCUGCAGUCCCGGGUCCGAGCCCUGCAGUCCCGGUGCCCGAGGGCCGUGCUCCGCCGCAGGGUCCGAGCCCUGCAGUCCCGGUGCCCCGAGGGCCGUGCUCCGCCGCAGGGUCCGAGCCCUGCAGUCCCGGUGCGCGCCUCCGCGGGUCGGGCGGACCUGGUCUCCCGCGUGGGCAGGUGGGCGUCGGCUGCGGGCGCCCCGGACCCGGACGGAGCGGGCGCGCCCCGGACCCGGAGAUGGGCCUUGGCAAGGACGGGCGCCCCGGAGCCGCCGCACGGCUGCGAGCGGGACGGAGAAGGGCCUCCCUUAAGUAGCGGGGGCAGCUCGCGAGUCCGGGCCAGCGUGAGGGACGUCGGGCCGGGCUGGGAAGGUGCUGGCGGCGCGGGCGGGUCCGAGGUGGUGCGGGAGAGGAGAGGGGCCGCGGGCCGGCCUGCGCAGAAGCCGUGGCGGACGUUUCUGCGGCGCCUUGCUCCGCGCUCCGCUCUUUCCCACCCAGACGUCGUCCGGCCGUGGCGAGGGCGGCUUCUAGAGCCGGAGCCCGGUCCGGUGCCGCCGCCGCGCCUUGUUCUGCUGCUGCCGCUGCUGCCGGCCGCGGAGCCGUCCUCGGCCUCCCCGCACGCCCGCGAGAGCCCAGUGGGGCCGGUGGACACGGCCCUGCAUCGCGGAGGGCGGCCUUCUGUUAGGACGGCUCCCGGCGCGGCCAGCGUUGCGGUGGGACCCAGCAGCCCGGCCCCGCGGGACCGUGUUGCGCUCCGAGGAGGCUCGGAGGAGGGCCCUGCCCUCAGUCCCUCCGAACCCGCCUCCCCCUGCGGCCUCCCGAGGCCGCUCAGGCACUGCUGGGGCAGAAUUGUUAGUUUCCGGGAUCCUCGGGCUGUGACCGCAUCGCGGACUGAGGACAGGAAGCCUGGGGGGAGACGUCGCUGCGGGAGUCCAGGAGGACGACACAGCCGCAUCCUCCAGGGUCACGCUGGGGGUGCAGGCGGGCUGGCUCGUCGUUAGGUGUCGCAGCCCCAGUGCUCCUCUUCUCGGAAGAGCCGGCAGCCCGUCCUGGGAGCCGGUCCUCCCUAGCACUGAGGACUGAGGGCAGGGCGGCUGCUCGGUCUCGGCGUGUGGUGGCCGGCAGCUCUCGCAGGGAGCCACUGUGUAGGGCCGGGGGCGGUGCAGGAGCCGGGUGUGGAAGCACCUCGGGAGUGCCGCUGGGUUCGCGUGACCUUCUGAGAGUAAAGGCCGGUUCUUCACCGUGGCCUGCGAGGUGCAGGUGACCCAGUUCCCCGCCCACCCGGAGUCCGGCCGUGGGCUUUUACGUGACCGCGCUCCGGACAGGGCAGGUACGAGGUGCAGAGGCCUGGCCUCUUCGUGAGCGCCCUUGGGGAUGCUCAGUGUUUGCAUCCGUUUUCCAGAGGAGGAAACUGAGGCACCUGAAGUGAGCGGGAUUGGAAUCUGCGCAGCCGCUGUGGCUUCCCUACCCCACCCCCAGGCUCUCCAAGUCCGGCCUGACCUGGGGUCUUCGCACACACAGGCAGCCUCUGCCAAGGCCACUCUUCUCCCAAGUUUUCUGGCUCCUUAGGAGCCGGUCUCUCGGCCCCUGAACAGUGCCUGCCACCUAGUGCGAGCUCGGUUCCCGGGUGCUGGGUUCCAGGAGCUGAGUGGGUAAUGAUCGCGCCGGAGAGGAGUGAGGAGUAGGAUUUGCGUAACCCAAUUAGUGGAGAAAAGGAACGUGGAUGAGGCUCUGGCCGGGGUGGGGACUAGGGGCAUGAGUAACUGAAGCCCAAGGAGUGUUUUCAAGGAAAAUGCAAAGUGCCUGGGUCUAGUUAUUGCUGACAGUGACUUGAAGGCCUGUUGUUUGACAGGCCCCUUGAGACGUCACAAAGCUACAAUGAACACGGGGGUGUCAGACUUUAAGGUCGGUAGUGAGUUGUAAUCAAAAGCCUUACGUCGAGACCUGCUCAUAAAAGCGAACUUCAGCAUUCGGUGGCUUUUCCCGGUCAAAUCCAGUAAUGAGGUAACUGUUGUUACUCAUUAAAUAAGUGAUGAUGUAAGGGCAGCUCGCAGGAAGUGACCUCGCACCCUGGGCUGUGUGCAUCCAGCGGCAGAUCGCGAGGCUGAGUGUGGGUCUCACUAGGCCCGUGUUCUU